CUCCCCUAGCUUCCAGAAAAGGGAAAAGAUCCUCCAGCGUUCUGCAAUUUCCCGUAAAAAUUCUGUGCAUCGGACCCGGCAAAAUGUGCGCCUACGCGGCCGAGGAAACGUAAUUCGCGUUUCUUCGGGCCUCCGGCAGAAUGUGAAAAGAUAACGGCGCAUUUUGUCUCUGUGACGGAACUCCGUUUUCAUGCUUCUUCGUUGUUCCUUUUCCAACUUGCCGUACCACAGGGCGGCGUUUGUAUUCCCCGAAGGAUUUUUGCAUGCGCCUGUAGAGGCGUUUUACAACGCUAUUUUUCCCAAGGAUCUUACAGUUUUGCUUCCUGUCUUUUCGCUUCUGUCUCACUGCUGAAGGUCCCGAUGUUAAAACUAACACUGACACUAUGUACCGCUCCACGAUGCUGCCUGUGUCGUCCUUUCGCUAGUGUGUCGUUUCGUUGCCGGAGAGACUUUUUUACCAUUCACUGUUUUCCUCCAUUGUCUUGCCUGUCCUUCUUCCACAUCUCGCUGCUUUUCUGGCGUGCCUGAAAAUCCCCUUCCACCCGCCAGCCUCUACACAGUCCUCUGCCAUCUUGCCGUCGGUGUCCUGCCUUGUCCUCAAUCGUAAAGAUGCCGAGGUGUCUGUACACGUAACACUCCGGGGAUCAAGUGACGCUGUCAUUUCCUUGCAUCAGUUCCUUUCCAGAACAGGCAGAGUUCACUUCGGCCUCUUCUUUGUUUCGGCUAAAUACACUUCGAGGGCAUUCCAGCACAUCCCUCUUCACACUGCGACAGUGAUUCCACGCACAAACUUAUUUUCUGUCCGGCCGUUUCUGCAAAAAUUCGCCUUCUGGAGCCGCCAGAGACGGCCACAGGCUGCGACCGCUUGCCGGCUCCGUACUCUUCUUUUGGCUUGUGUUGCCACAUUUGUUUUCCGUGCACUCCGUGGAAAUGCCUCCUUUUCGUUUCAAAGCGCCUCAGGAGGUCCGAAUCAAGGUCCCCAUUGGGCGCAUUCCACCUGCUGUUGGCCCAGAAAUUCGAUUGGGGAAGAGCAUCGUGGCCGUCGCACCCCAUCGAGUUACGGCAGAACAGCUGGAGGACGCACGAAGGGUAUUGAGGAGGGUCUUGGGGAGGUCCAAGGAAGUCCACCAAAACGUGCAUGCCACCUACGCCGUCACACGCAAACCCGAGGGAACAAAAAUGGGACAGGGAAAGGGCAGCAUCGACCGCUUCGUUGCCAGAGUUCCAGCAGGACGCAUUCUGUUCCACAUCCCACAGAUCAAUCCGUUUCAUCCGUUCCCUGAAGUCGAGCCGAAUUUCGCUGCCUUCAAAGCCAUUGCGCCGCGGCUUCCCGUGCCCGUGGUGUUCCGCGAGCAGAACAAUUUUUUCCAGAUGCACUCUGUGAAAGAUCUCAUUCGAAAGCGGCAGGCGGAGGAAAGGGAAAAUCGAGAGAAGACAGCACGCGACAAACUCGGAGGGUUUCACACCGACAAGGCAGAGCACACAAAAAAGUAGCGUCUUCUCGUCUACUCGCUUCACACCCGUCGUUAGUUCAGCAGUCCCUGCAUCUGGCAGCAGCAGCAGCACAUUCGCUUUUCCGAUUUUGGCUGUUUUUCUGUUGUCUCUUCUACGCGUCCUUCCUGCUUCCUCUCUCUGGAUAAAUAGGUCUCCACAAUCAAGCGCCUCUUCAAAAACCAUCACCACUACAUAUAUAUAUAUAUAUAUUUAUAUGCUCAUGUGCGUGUAUGAGCACGUGGAAGGCUGUGCAGCAGUUGUGUGCUUCACAAGCGUCGAAUAAACCUAGAAAAAACCUUGCUCACCUAAAGAAGACAGGCUUCAGGUAAA